GACGUCACGGUUUGGUACACUCUGCAUCAACAAUGGCGUCCCCUAAAUGAUGUUACACGGGGAUCAGAAAAUGUUGAAAACGGGGGUACUUUUAGAGUCAAAAGAUGGCGGCCCCCACAAACUCACACAUGAAAAUAUUGUUGUACUUCAGGACUACGUCAAAAAAGAAUCGGAAGAUAUUAGAUCUAGUCGGUUUCUGAACUCUGAUAAUCGAACUGCCGUAAACUCGGUCAAGCUAGAUCUUCCUCACGAUGCCUUCGGUAUUAGUUUCUCACCUCUAUCUUCAUCCGGUGUUGCUGUUGCUAGUCAUCAACAAAUUAUUAAACAAAAAGAAGAUGGACCAAGAUCUAGAUUUAGAUCUAGAUCUAGAUCUAAUUCUCCAAUCCAAAUGGAAGUGGAAGGUGAUGAAUCUGCCGAAGGAGAAAGUGAGUUUGUUGGUAAUCAGACAGACAUCUUACAAAUGAUCUCCAAAAGUAGUGCAAACACCAGUCCUGUUGCAAGUGAGAUGGAUUCCCAUUCAAUUAUUAUAGGUGGAGGAUCAGUCUCUGAAAAUGUGGACUUUGUAUUUUCUAAACAGACUGUUGGUUCAAAUUACUUUGAAGCUUUGGAAAAUAGUGAGUAUAGCACAUCUGUCAACAAUUUUACAGGUCCAACAAUGAAUUUAACCUGGGGGUCAAGUCAAGAAUCGCAGUGUGAAUUGCAACAUAUUGAAUCAAAUUCUACAAUUCAACACUUAUCAAUUCCCAAUGAUCAUGAAGGUUCCUUUGUUUCAUUUCCGGAUGCGACUGACAUGCUUGAAGAUCAGUUAAAUCUAGGAGCAAGCAGUUCACAUGAUUUACACAGCAUGCUGUUUGAAAGUAUUGAUAUUGAUGAAAAUGACAUAAAUAAAACAGAUUCGUCACCUGGUGUUAAAAUAGUUCACAUAACAGACUCAACUGAUUUUAUUGACAGUAACCUACCUUGUGUAAGUGAAACUGAGAACAGUUUGCUUUCAAAUUCUCUUUUAAAAUCUGUGCCAUUAACAUUUACUAAUGGAACCAUGCAGGGUAUGUCUUUACCAGAUAUUACUUUGUCUAGUUUACAUGAUGUUGCAACUGAUUUGAACUUGAAUAGUUUGCCUAACUUUUUAGGACUUGAAAGUGCUAUUUGCACCAACAGUCAUAUACUUGAUGGUCAGGGAGAAAUCAAUAUGUUGCAAGCACCAGAGUUGUCCCCACAUUCGAAUCACUCAGAGAUCAAACAUGGCAAUUCACUAAUUUCUACAACUAAAUGUUCCCAGCUUGCUAGUCAGAAGCUUAAUGUCACUACCAUUUCAAUAUCUAAUGAUGAUGAAAACUCCACAAAAAUUCUAGUUGAUACACAUUUGGGACAAAAGCAAAUGUAUGUGAUCAACACUUCAGAUUUGAAUCAAAGUGGCUCCACUAAGGUUAAUCUUAACCAAGGACAGCGUCUGUUUUUAAUAAAUGCAUCUAAUGUAAAUCAAGGGCAUGAUCAAUUCAGUAUGACAACCAUGGGCACGGUUGUACAAAAUGCAACUGCGGCUCAAAGCUCCCCAGCACUGAGUGGACAGACCAAUGCAGAUAUUUCAGGCUAUGCAAUGAUGUCUGAUGCGGAUAAAUCUACUGCUCUAGAAGCUCCAACUUCUACUGGUGUGAAAGAAUCCAAGAAGGAGCCAUGUAGAAAGUUAUUAAUGUGUACAGAACCUGGCUGUGAAAAGACAUUCAAGAAAUCUUCAAAGCUUAAAGUCCAUCAGAUGCAGCAUACAGGAGAAAGACCAUUCAAGUGUACUAUAUUAGGAUGUGAAUGGGCUUUCACAACAUCUAACAAACUAAAACGACAUUAUGAAUCUCAUGAAGGACGUAAAAACUUUAUAUGUGAUAAACCUGGAUGUGGUAACAGGUUUACAACAAUUUAUAAUCUCAAUACUCACCUAAAGCUUCAUGAGAGACCUUGCACAGAAGUGUGCCCAAAAAAGGGCUGCAAUGAAAGUUUUCCAACUAAGAGGCGCCUAGAGUUACAUUUAAGAAAUGUACAUGCCUGUGAAGAUAGAAAAUUCAAAUGUCCUGAACCCGGAUGUGAAAAAGUAUUCUUCUCCAGUAGUUGUAUGACUAUCCAUAUGAAAAUACAUCAGUUAAGCCCUGAUGACUUGCGGUGUAAAUACCCUGGGUGUGGUAAACAGUUCAAUGUUCUGUGUAGACUAAAACAGCAUGAGAAAUUACACACAGGAGAAAAACCAUAUGUCUGUGAUUAUAAGGGUUGCAACUGGGCUUUUCAAACUGCAAGUAAACUAAAGCGGCAUUUAACAAAACAUACUGGAGAUCGCCAAUGGACUUGUUAUGUAUGUGAAAAACAGUUUCAUAGAUCUGAACAUCUUAGAGGACACAUGAUCAUACACACUGGUGAUAGACCCUUUGUUUGUCCUAUUGAAGGCUGUGGUAACUCAUUUACAUCCAAAAGUACAUUGGGGGUUCAUUUAAAAAAACAUGAUGAAUCAGGGAAGAUAAUAGUCUACCACUGCCCCAUGGACAAGUGCGUCAGACAUUAUGAAACUAAAGCAAGUCUUAGACAGCAUAUUCUUGUUAAACAUUGCAAUGUUACAGAAGCUGAAGGGUCCUCUCAAAGCCAAGGGGCAUCCAACUGGCUGAGUCUUUUAACCUCAGGGGAUGGACAAAAUGAUAUGGCAUUUUCACAGGAAUCCUACAGUGAAGGUUUAACACAAGCAGCUUUAACCCCAAGUCAAGACACAGUUCUCACUAUAGACUUUCUAACUGGAGGUAUGGCAGAGCAAGCCUUGUUAAACUCAUCCAGUGAGAGUUUACCUGAUCAGACUUCUCUCACAUCACCUUCUAUCUCUGGUAGUGCUGUUGAGGUUCUCCAGCACACCCAGAAACAUCAGCAGCUGUACCCAGAUGAGCAGAUAGAAGCAAGACUUCUGGAAGCUACUGAUAUUCUAAAGCGAGAACGACUUUCAAGUGCUGCUGUAGAGAGAGGAAAGAAGAGUCAGAUCAAACUAGAAAAUGCUCAUGGUUCUGCCAGAACAGAUCCCAGAUCUAAUGAUAUUAUCAGUCAGAGAGCUUUAAAAAGGUGGCAAAAACAAAAAGAAGUUGAGGCUGCCAGACUAAAGUUUCAACUGGAAGAGCAUAAUACAUCAGCUCCACCUGUCAAUAUUGUGCUCAGUUCAUGUGGGGACUUUAAAAACCCUGUCUCUAACAAUGUGUCUUUGGCUGGACCAGAUAAGAUUCACACUCUUCUGUUGUCAAAGCCUUCAGAUUUAACAGAAGGUGUAAUCAAAGCUGAAAUCCCUGACAUGGAGCUCCAAGCUGAUGGUAUUUCAGAGUCAGCUGAUCUUUUUAUGACAGAUCUUUUUAUAAGAGAUCCAGAGACUGGAAUAACUUACAGACAAACACAGCUACUGCAGGACGACCCACCCAAUCCAGAAAUGUUGGAGGAUAUUGGAGUUGUUCCGUCUCACAAUGAUGUGUUGGAUUCUAGUUUAGAUGUUCAUUUUGUGGAUGAUACAUUAAAUUUCCAUCAAUUAGAGUAGCUUUGUGUAUUUAAAAUGUAAUGUACAUUUUCAGCUUUUUAAUGCAUAAUUUUUUUUAUUUUAGCAUAUUUUUGUUGUUGUAAAUAAGUCAUUUGACCAUACUUGCUUAACCACAUUUCAUUACAAAUAUACAUAAACUGUCAGGUUUUUUUUUAAAUUUCACAGUCCAUAUUUUUAUACUACCUGCAUAUUACAUUGUCUUUCAUGUUUACUUUCCUGAAAAAGUAUAUUUGUUGUACAUCAUCUGGUAGUUACAGAUAACAUGACUAAUUUGUAAGGGUACUUAACAAUUAAAUUAAUAUCUUAUUUGUUUGUAUUGCCACUGUUCUAAACUGCCAUGUGUCUAUCAGCAUUUGCCUUUUAACAAUUUAUUUUUGUUUGCUUGAAUGUUAGUAGCAAGAUUAAAAUAAGAUUGUUAC